AUGCAAACCGGCGCUCGCCUCUUCUUCACGUCAAGCCACUACGCUGUAGCAGGCGCUUCGUCCAUCCCAUCAAAAUUUGGGCAUCGCAUAUUCGCCUGGUAUCUGACAGAACAGCUUCCCGUCAUCCCGCUCAACCCGACAUGUACAUCCAUUACGGUCCGACGGAAAGACUACGAGACGGUAGCUUCACCAUCCCAGCUUGCGGACCCGAAGAACACUAGCUUGUCAGUAGUGACGCCACCUCAAGUCACUGCAAAGCUACUUCGAGAGGCGAAAGCAGCUGGAGUUAAAGCCGUCUGGUUGCAGCCUGGUAGCUUUGGCGAGGACGAAAUGGAGUAUGCCACUAAGGAGUUCCCAGGAGCAGCGGUAGGAGGAUUUUCUGAAGGCACAGUUGGCGGCGAGGGGUGGUGUGUGCUUGUUGAUGGAGAGACCUACAUGAGUGCUGCGCAACAUGGCAAAUUAUGA